AUGACUACUCCUGGGGCCUCGUCGUCGGCAUCGGUGCAAGAGUUUAAAAUCAGAGUGCCAAAAAAUGUUAAGAAAAAGUAUCAUGUGAUGCGAUUCAAUGCUACUCUAAAUGUGGAUUUUGCGAAAUGGACUCAUGUUAAGAUGGAAAGAGAGAACAAUAUAAAAGAAUACAAAGGAAUAGAGGAGGAUAUGCCCAAGUAUGGUGCCGGAUCAGAAUACGGCCGUGGUUUAAGAGAAGAAGCAAGAAGGAAGAAGUUUGGUAUUAUUUCAAGGAAAUAUAAACCGGAAGAUCAGCCUUGGAUAUUGAAAGUGGGAGGAAAAACUGGGAAAAAGUUCAAGGGUAUCCGUGAGGGAGGUGUCUCAGAGAAUGCGGCGUACUAUGUGUUCACGCACGCAGCUGACGGAGCUAUUGACGCAUAUCCCUUGCAAGAAUGGUACAAUUUCCAACCUAUUCAAAGGUACAAAGCAUUAUCAGCUGAGGAAGCUGAACAGGAAUUUGGCAGACGUAACAAAGUGAUUAACUACUUUUCGUUGAUGUUCCGAAAGCGAAUGCGAGGCGACGACGCGGCGGAGGAAGAGGACCCGGACGAGAAGAAAACCAAAACUUCCAAAGCUAAAAAAGAAUUGAAGAUCUCGGACAUGGACGAAUGGAUCGACUCGGACGACGAUUCGUCGGGCUCAGAGGGUGAGAAAGAGAAGGAAGAUAGCGACUCGGGCGCUAAGAAGAAGAAGGACAAAAAAGCGGCUGUGACUAAAAAGAAGAAGAAAGUAGAGGACGAAGCUUUCGAAGAGAGUGACGAUGGUGAUGAGGAGGGACGUGAGAGGGACUACAUAUCGGACUCCUCUGAGAGUGAAUCCGACCACGAGACCAAAGCCAACAAAGAACUCAAAGGAGUUGCUGAGGAAGAUGCGUUGAGGAAACUGCUGACCUCAGACGAGGACAGCGACGAGGAGGAGGAGCAGAAGCAGGAGUCGGAGCAGGAGGACGAGCACACCAAGGAGGGGGAGGAGAGGGCCAGCAAGCUCACCAAGAAGAAGAAGAAACCGGACGAUAAGAAAGAGUCUGAGACGGAGUUCAGCUCGGAUUCAGACACGGAUCCCGAGAGCAGCAGCAGCAAGAAGCCAAAGAAGAGCAAAAAUGGCGAUAAGAGUUCUGCUAACGCGAGCGCGGCGGGCAGCGCGAGCACGUCGCGCGCGGGCACGCCCACGCCCAGCGCGGCGCAGGCGGCCGUGGCGGCGGCCAACGCGCACGCCCACCCCCACGCCCACGCGCCCGCCAAGCGCGCCAAGCUCGACCCGGCCUACACUGAAUGCGGCGUGACGGAGGAAGCGGUGAGGCGGUACCUGGCUCGCAAGCCGAUGACCACGACGGAGCUGCUCACCAAGUUCAAGUCGAAGCGCACCGGCGUCAGCAGCGAGCGCCUCGUGGAGACCAUGACGCAGAUACUGAAGCGGAUCAACCCGGUCAAGCAGAAUAUCAACGGGAAAAUGUACCUUAGCAUUAAGAAUACUUGAUUUUUCAAUAAAGCUCUUUGGUUAGAA